GCCCAUCAUUUCGGAGCCAGUUCGCCUCCGCCGAUUGAAUCGAAAGGACCACCAUUUUUUUUUGCUCUGUCCAAAUAUUUCGGCCCCUGCAAGUUUCGCUCGUUCACUCUUGCAAUAUUCGAUAUCCGAUCAGACGUCGAAUGUUGGCGAUCGACAACCGCAUCCACCGAAGAUAGACCACAGAAGCGAGAGUUUACUCCACAUUUUUAUAAAUAACGCUACGCCAUUAUUUCACCCUAGUGAAGUGUUCGCUUAGAUUGUAUACAAGACGCCUCAUUUUGCUACCCUAAAUUUAUUUUCCAUUUUUUUUUAUUCUUAUCAAAACUUUGCCAAAAUGAAGCAGACAAUUUUCAUUCUCUUCGCUGCUUCCCUCGUCACCGUGGUGACCUGCGGUCAUUUCUACAACGCCGACGGGACGCCGUACGACGCUUAUCACAAACUGCAUCUGAUUCACGAUCCGCCGCUCUACCCGACUUAUCACGAGGUCCCCAACACCGGGUUCACGUGUUCCGGCCUGGAGGAUCAAUUGUGGGCGGACACCGCGGCUCAGUGUCAGGCUUAUCAUCUAUGCCAGGGCGAGCAACUCGUAUCGAGCCAUCUCUGCGGCAACGGGACUCUCUUCAAUCAGCAAUUUCAGGUCUGCGACCAGUUUUACAACGUUCGGUGCGGUAGCCCCUAUGAAGACCUGUAGGAAAGUUGGAAUGUGUGCGGAGCUGAAUCGAGAGAGGCUUGUAACGCUGGCUGGAGUCGCCUACCUUGACGACGACGACGAUUGCACCCUCCCUCAUCACCUGCGCGAAGUUUACUACAAAACAAUAUUAGAAGAUCACCCGCCACACACUUAAACAUAUUAUGUCCUAUCGCUCGCGACGUUAAUUAUGCCUAUAAUAUGCUGCACCCAUUAUCCUCCGUCAAUUACGAAUUGUCU